AUGUUCUCACGCCUCAACCAACUCUCGAGACACCUAUCUCGUCCCCUCCCCAACUACCUCCACUCCGGCGCCGCCUCAUCACACACUCCCUCCAUCCUGACAUCAUCAACACCACGAUUCACCAUGGCCGCCGCCGACAACAGCAAGAAGAUGAUCCACACCGCCGGAUGCCUCAUUAUAGGAGAUGAAGUUCUUGGUGGAAAGACCGUCGAUAGGAACAGCGCCUGGUUCGCGAAAUUCUGCUUCAAUCUGGGCAUCGCCCUCAAACGUGUUGAAGUUAUUGCCGAUGAUGAGGGCGAGAUCAUUGAGGCUACGCGUCGCAUGUCGAAGAACUACGAUCUUGUUGUGACGUCUGGAGGCAUUGGACCGACGCAUGAUGAUAUAACGUACCAGUCCAUUGCUAAGGCAUUUGAUCUGCCAUUAGUACUGCAUGAGGUGGCAUAUGAGAAGAUGAAGAAGCUCAGCAGACCCGAUCGCAACCCCAACUUCUCCUGGGACGUCGACAGUCCCGCAAAGAGAGCAAAGCUACGAAUGAUCCAACUCCCCUACAACAAAGACCUCCCCGACGACCAACAAGUCCUCUUCGUCGCCGACGACCUCUGGGUCCCCAUCUCCGUCGUCAACACCAACAUCCACAUCCUGCCCGGCAUCCCCCGUCUCUUCGAGAAAAUGCUCACAGGCCUGAAACCCUCCUUACUCCCUCGUUUGGUCGAUCCAGAAGGCAAGGGGGUGCACAGGAUUCUAUUCAGCACGCCGUUGGCGGAGAGUGAGGUGGCAGAGUAUUUGACGGAGCUUGCGGCGAAGGUGGAGCCGAAGGGUGUCAAGGUUGGGAGUUAUCCGAGGUGGGGAAAGAGUAGGAAUACGGUGACGUUGGUGGGGAAGGAUAGGGAGUUUAUGGAGAGUUUGGUCGCGGAGGUGGCGGAGAAUGUUAAGGGGAAUAGGAUUGAGGUUGAGGGGGAGGAUGAUACGGGUGGCAGUGAUAAGGACUCGUAG